CGAGGCGCGCAGCCCGCUGCCGCCGCCGCCGCCCGAAGAGCCAUGCGAGAAUACAAAGUGGUCGUGCUGGGCUCGGGCGGGGUGGGCAAGUCGGCGCUCACCGUGCAGUUCGUGACGGGCUCGUUCAUCGAGAAGUACGACCCCACCAUCGAGGACUUCUACCGCAAGGAGAUCGAGGUGGACUCUUCGCCCUCGGUGCUCGAGAUCCUGGACACGGCCGGCACCGAGCAGUUCGCCUCCAUGCGGGACCUGUACAUCAAGAACGGGCAAGGCUUCAUCUUGGUCUACAGCCUCGUCAACCAGCAGAGCUUCCAGGACAUCAAGCCCAUGAGGGACCAGAUCAUCCGGGUCAAGAGGUACGAGAAGGUGCCCAUGAUCCUGGUGGGCAACAAAGUGGACCUGGAGGGCGAGAGGGAGGUCUCGUUCGGGGAAGGCAAAGCCCUGGCGGAAGACUGGAGCUGCCCCUUCAUGGAAACUUCAGCCAAAAACAAAGCCUCGGUGGACGAACUCUUUGCCGAGAUCGUCCGGCAGAUGAACUACGCUUCCCAACCCAACGGGGACGAUCAAUGCUGCUCUUCCUGCGUGAUCCUCUGAAAGGAGGAGAGGACAUCACGACUGUAUUGUUUUCUAUUUUUUUUUCUUUUCCUUUUUUCCUUGAAUUAAAGGUUUACAACACCAUCACACACACACACACACACACAGACGGCGGCUGUGGCAGCAAUGUUGUCCUGUGAAAUUCCAGCUUUUGAAACAAUUUUGCAUUGCACCCGGAUUCCUUCCAGGUUACGGCUUACUAUGCUAUUGCUGCUGCUGGUGGUUAUCAGUGUCAUGGGUAUGCAUUGUCUCUCGUUAACAUCUGGUGCAAAAAA